CCCUCAGCAGCUUACCUCAGCAGUCUCCUCAGGAUCCUCCCUCAGACUCCCUCAGCCUCCUUCAGACUCCUUCAGACUCUCAGCCUUCCUCAGUCAACCUCAGCAGCCUCCCUCAGCCCCCUUGGCCGCGCUCUCCCCGCCGACCCCGGCCCCCGGCCAGAUGAUGAACUUCCUGCGGCGCCGUCUGUCUGACAGCAGCUUCAUCGCCAACCUGCCCAACGGCUACAUGACCGACCUGCAGCGGCCCGAGCCGCAGCCCGCGCCCCCGCCCGCCUCGGGCGCGCCCCCCGCCGGCCCCCCGGGCCCCGAGCGCCGCCCGCCCGCGCAGCCCAGCCCGGCCCCGGCGCCCGCGAGCAGCGGCAGCGGCGGCGGCGGCUUCUUCAGUUCGCUGUCCCAGGCCGUGAAGCAGACGGCCGCCUCGGCGGGGCUGGUGGACGCGCCCGCGCCCGCGCCCGCGCGCAAGGCCAAGGUGCUGCUGGUGGUGGACGCGCCGCACGCCGACUGGGCCAGGUGCUUUCGGGGCAAAAAAGUCCUUGGAGAUUAUGAUAUCAAAGUGGAACAGGCAGAAUUUUCCGAGCUCAACCUGGUGGCCCGUGCAGAUGGGACCUAUGCUGUGGACAUGCAGGUGCUUCGGAACAGCACAAAGGUUGUCCGGUCUUUCCGCCCAGAUUUUGUGCUGGUCCGGCAGCAUGCCUUUGGCAUGGCAGAGAACGAGGACUUCCGCCACCUGAUCAUUGGCAUGCAGUAUGCAGGCCUCCCAAGUAUCAACUCCCUGGAAUCCAUUUACAACUUCUGUGACAAGCCCUGGGUGUUUGCCCAGAUGGUGGCCAUCUACAAGACGCUGGGAGGAGAAAAGUUCCCACUCAUCGAGCAGACAUACUACCCCAACCACAAAGAGAUGCUGACACUGCCCACAUUCCCUGUGGUGGUGAAGAUUGGCCACGCUCACUCAGGCAUGGGCAAGGUCAAAGUGGAAAACCACUAUGACUUCCAGGACAUCGCUAGUGUGGUAGCUCUCACCCAGACCUAUGCUACAGCAGAGCCCUUCAUUGAUGCCAAGUAUGACAUCCGAGUCCAGAAGAUUGGCAACAACUACAAGGCUUACAUCUCCUCGAGGGCGAGCAGGAUGGAGCCUGCACCUUGCAUAGCAGCAGGCACACGGGAAGCACCAUGAACACUCAGGAAAGAGCCCUUGUGGAGAACUGAGGCACAGAGCUGCUUCUGUUUGGUUUGGUGCUGAAGAUUGAACCCAGGACCUAACACCAACUAAGUACACACUCUACCACUCUACCGCUGUGCUACACUCCCAACAUAGUGGGAUUUUUUUCACAUUUAUUGACUAGAUUCCUACUUUUUAAAAGUCUGUAAUUUUAUGUUUAUAGUCUUCUCACUUCAAAAAAGGAUUUUAGGGUUGCUUAAGAAAUAGGCACAAUAUAAGAUAGAACAGCUUAAAGACCUUUCUAAAAACUAGCCAAAAGAAGUAGAAAAAUGGAUAUUUUCAGAUAUCUAGGAAAGCAGAUAUUCUGUCUUUUAGGAUGUAGCUCAGUAGUAGAGCUCUUGCCUAGUUUGCAUGAAGCCUUGGGUUCCAACUGUAUUACCACUAACGUAAAUGAAUGAAUAAAUAAAUAAUAUUUAUUCAUGACAACAGUGGAACAAGAAUAUUUUGAUCCUUAAAAAGAGACACUACAUUUUUAAGGCAUAGGGUUUCUAAAAACAAUUUAAAACGAAGCACAAGAGAAGUCCCAAAUGUUGACAGAAAAUGGCCAACUGGAGAAGCUUUGGAGGACAUUGACUUGUUUUUAUUUGCAAGGGACCAGCAGGGAUUUGAAGGAAUAUUUAGACCCUCACAGUUUCUCCCCAUCUCACCUCUCCCCAAGCUUGUGGCCAUCUCUGCUCUCAGAAGAAAGAAUUGACUUGGCAGAGCUCAGAUGAGGGGACUCAGAGAACUUUGUAGGCUUUACGGUGCUACUCAAAUGGAAGAGACAUUAUUAUUAUUAUUUACAUUAGUUUCUGAGUCUCUGUUAGGUUUUAUACCUCGGUGCUGGGGACAAGGAAGUGAGUGACUUGAGAAUGGUCAUUAGGACAUACUGUAUUUGUAAACCACUGAUGUUAGGAAAACAGUUAUUUUUAUUGUGGCUUUUGACUCUAUGUUUCUACUCAGGCUUUGCAAACCAUUCAGCUGUUUAUUUGUUUGGGUAUAGGGAAAGCUCAUCAUACCAAGGGAACCAAGAUUCCUGGAUUUGUUUCCAUAUCUGCUUUGACUAGGUACACAGUGUUGGACAAGUCACCCAGACUUUCUGGGUCUUCGUCUGCUUGUCAGUAAAGCAGACCAGAGUUCUAGCCUCUCACAGCAGGGGUUUGACAGGAGUCUCCUUUGAGGGAUGGAUGAGGAGGCACCUUGGAGGCCUCAGCACCAUCCAGUGUGAGACCUGUUGUCCCCCAUAAUGGGCUCACAGGGCUGCCUCAGGGCUCAGGAAAAUUGGGUGGAUAUGUAUAGCUUCUCGGUGUCUGGAGUCAGCUCUCUGGGAGGACUCUCUUGGGAACUAGCACAGUCUCUCCAAACAUUGUCCAAACAGUGCUGGUGAUAACAAGUGCUGGCUCUGUUCCCUAGGCCAUCCCUUUGUCCUUGACUGUGUCUAGGUGAAGACUAAGAAUUUAAGAGAUAUAUUCUUAGUGGUUUAUAGUUUAUUUAAACCUGUACCAAUUGGUCCCUGAGUACCAAUCUGCAACUCUGAGUUUACAGAUAAGAGCAGCUCGGUGAGAUGAAAUGACUCUCCCACUGUCAGCCACACAGUCAAGAGAAAAUCCAGAACCAGAAAGUUGGUUAUCUGCCUCCUAUUGAGCCCAAACUAAUUGACAUAGCUCAUGGUCAUGUCUGAAGGGUGCAGUGAGCACAGCAGAGGCUGGUGGCUGGAUGCUGUCAGCUCUGUUUGAUGGAUGGGGCAGCCAGAGAGGAUUACUGACUUCCAGAUCACACUGCUGAUCUUGUAGUGGCCCUCAGAAGUGGCCUGUUGGAUGACUGGGUGAGUGUGCCAGUAAGGAAGCCCAUAGCCACAGGACACUGCCAGAGUUCUCAGAAUGAGUGGGGCUCGGUUUACACAUACUGAGUGGGCCCAGAUGUUGAGCAAGUAAGUAGGCUGCUAGGGAUAUAAGACACAAUGUAUACCCCAGGUGUUUUCCAUAGCUGUGGACAGUCUUAGCUGAAGACUCAGCUCCAAUAACUAAAGCAAAAAGUAGAAGUAACGUUGUCACCAAGGCAUAGGUGAAGUCCUGAGUGGAGCAAGAGCACAUCUGGUUGAAGAUUAGUACAAGCUCCACAGAGUGAGACCCUCCUGAGCUAGGCCCUUGUAGAGAGAGGAGGGCUUCCCAGGUGGGGGUCGGCAGAAGCAGUGGGCUCGAAGCUCAACAGACAGCUGCCAACAGACAGCUCUCCUAUUGGUGCGAGAGGCAGUGAGCUGAAUUCUGGAAGGCUGCAUCUCUCUUCUUGCUGGUGUGGUUCAUGGCCUAUCCUAUCCCCGAUGGACCUUG